UCUGCACUGGGUACAAGUUGACCUUCCCCUCCUCCCCCGCCCGCCAGGCCCCCCACACCGCCGCCAUGCCGUUCGGUAACACCCACAACAAGUUCAAGCUGAACUACAAGCCGGAGGAGGAGUACCCGGACCUCAGCAAGCACAACAACCACAUGGCUAAGGCGCUGACCUUCGACAUCUACAAGAAGCUUCGGGACAAGGAGACGCCAUCCGGCUUCACUCUGGACGACGUCAUCCAGACAGGUGUGGACAACCCAGGUCACCCCUUCAUCAUGACCGUGGGCUGUGUGGCCGGUGACGAGGAGUCCUAUGUGGUCUUCAAGGAUCUCUUCGAUCCCAUCAUCCAGGACCGGCACGGGGGCUACAAGCCCACCGACAAGCACAAGACUGACCUCAACCAUGAGAACCUCAAGGGUGGAGAUGACCUGGACCCCCAUUACGUGAUCAGCAGCCGUGUACGCACCGGCCGCAGCAUCAAGGGCUACACGCUGCCCCCACACUGCUCCCGCGGGGAGCGCAGGGCGGUGGAGAAACUCUCUGUGGAAGGUGAGAUCCCCUGACCCCGCCUACCGCUG